AUGGAAAUUAAGAACGCGAAACUCAUCAAGAUCUGCGACGCCCAGGAAGGCGUCAACAAGAAGGGCGACGCUUGGCGCAAGGUCACAGCGGUCGUCGAGACCACCGACCACUACCCCAAGACAAUCGCCCUCACCUGCUUCAACAGCGUCUGCGAGACCGUCACCGCCUUCACGCCUGGCGCACUCAUCAACGUCACCUUCGACGUGGAGAGCCGCAGCUGGCUCAACCCCAACACCAACGAGGAGCGAUGGUUCACCGAGGCCAUCGCCCGAAUGAUUGUCCCAGCCGUGGCGAAAACCCCGACGAUGGAGAACUUCGACAAGCCGAUGGCACCACUCAACCAAGAACCCGAACAAGACGAUCUGCCCUUCUAA